AUGAAAACCUUAUUUAAAUCUCGAUUACCCCGCAGCUUAACAAACACAGCUGCUUCAUCGCCAAAUUCUCUAGGGGGGGGGGGGGGGAGAUCAGCUAUAUACAGACAUACCUUUAGGCACUACAAAACUCACAUUUUUUAUAACCACAUAGCAGUACGGUUUCAGAGAGCGUUCCAGAAUUUUAAGCAGUUUUUAAUAGAAGUGUGUCCUUUGAAUCACAAGCAUGCUCAGUACGGUUGCGGAAACGACUAA